AUGGCUCCGAACGAGAAGAGCAAUAUCAAGCCAAGCCCGUAUCGAUGCAAGGUUGGAGGCGAAUGGAAAUCGCUCCAGUUCUUCUCCAAGAACCAGCAGCAACUUAUACAGAGACAGGCGUCUUUGCGUGGCGGUAUCGAUGCGGCGAAUCCAGGCAUGACAUGCAUAGAGCACUCUGUUGGUUUUCGUGGAGAAAUUCGCUGCGAGCUCUGUGGGUUGAUUAAAUCCAUUGACAUGUUCAGCAAAUCGAUGAGAAAGAGCGAAGAACCGGCUCACAUUUCGGCCUUGCCAUCACUAGGGGAUGGCGACGGUGCUGGUUCAGGUAGAAUUAACCCAGAAAGUGGUCGUAACCAGGCUCAGCCUAGUGGUCCCUCGUCUUCCCGUGGACCAUCAUCUGUAGUCUCGGCCCCGGUAUCAGUCGGCUCGUCUGGCACAAUGCCUCCUCCUCAUUUGGAAGCUAUUGUCGGCCAGCUGAUGCAGAACGAUGGUUUGAGAAAAUUAGGCAACCCUGACAAUCGCAGCCAGAAAAGCAUCUCCUCUAUUGGGCCUGUCUACAUCCAUGGCCGGCCAACUGAGAAUCAAAUUCCUUCAGUUGUUGGAUCUGAAGUGGGUUCUGAGAUGGAGGGAAGUGAUGCUGGGCAAACAACACCGUCAAGUUUACAUGGCCAGCUACCACCGCAUCUUCGAGGUAAAAUAGCCAACUUGGCAUCUCGUACUGCCUUGUUCCAAUAUGCGGUUCCUGCUGCAAGCUGGCAGGGCUCGGAUGCCAGCAUCGUUUCCACAGCAACGACCAUGCGGAACGAGCAGGACACUGGGCAUGCCAAAACGCGCGUUCCAUACAACGCCUGGGAUAAUGCCGGUAAGCUCCAUGAAGCCAUCAAGUCUCAUACUGCUUCGGAGGGCGACACGACAUCAACCGCAAGCAACCUCUCGGCUCAGGACCCAAUUGCAUCAGGGCAGUGGGAAAGUGUUCCAGCUACAAAGAAGGGCCGGCCCAAGUCAAGGAACAAAUGGCACACAGCCCCAAGGGUAAUUAGAACCCAGAUCAGUAUGGAAACCUUGUUUUAUUUCUCAUCAUACUGA